AUGGAAGCUGAAAUCAGAACUCAAAUCCCUAACAUUGACCCCGUCCUGUCAGAGUACUCAGCGGGGUACCUUACCCAUGCCGCCAACCAGUUCACUUCCGACUCGGACCCCAAUGCCCCCUCACCGCUCGAGGAAGCUGCUGCCACUGUGAGCGCCCUGCUCCUAUCAGCCUCUGGAGAUCUAUCAAGCCAGAAUGAGACGAGUAUCCAAAACCUUGUUGACAAGUUCAUCUCCCGCCUGAAUGCCGCCAAUGGCACCGACGGCGAGCGCCGCCAGAUGGCACCUUCAGCCAAGAAACUCGACCAGGCUAUCCACGUGGGCUCUUCCAGGAACAUCUCCUCCACGCUAGGUCUCGCUGGUGGCGCCGUUGAUCUCGAGUCUGCCAACACACGUAAAGUCGAAUCCAGAGUCGACCGCAAGAAGCUCGAGAAAGCUGAACGUAAACUCCGUGCUAAGCAAGACCGUAAAGAGUUCAAGAAUGUUGAGUAUGAAGCCUCCCGACUUCUCAACGAGCCCAACGAGGCGCAGAGCUAUGAAGAGUUCUACAUGGCCGUCAACCCACUGCAAUUGGGUGACACUGCCUCGAAGAGCAAGGAUAUCAAGAUUGACAGCUUUGAUAUCUCUAUGCCUGGAUUACGUAUCCUUACCGACAGCUCUCUCACGCUCGCAUAUGGCCGUAGAUACGGUCUGGUAGGUCAAAACGGUAUCGGUAAAUCCACUUUGCUUCGCGCCCUUGCUCGCCGUGAGGUCGCUAUCCCUACUCACAUCUCGAUUCUUCAUGUGGAACAGGAGAUUACUGGUGAUGACACUCCGGCGCUGCAAGCUGUCUUGGACGCCGACGUUUGGCGCAAGCAUCUCCUUAGGGAGCAAGAAAAGAUUAGCAAGGAGCUAGCUGAGCUUGAAGAAGAGCGUGCUAAAAUGGCAGAUACUUCUGCAGAUGCCGCCAAGCUCGACACUCAGCGCGAAGGUCUAGAUACUACUUUGAGCGACAUACAUGCCAAGCUCGCAGAAAUGGAAUCAGACAAGGCUGAGUCUCGAGCAGCAAGUAUCCUCGCAGGUCUUGGCUUCUCACAAGAGCGACAGCAAUUCGCGACCAAGACGUUCUCUGGAGGAUGGAGGAUGCGUCUGGCACUUGCACGUGCGCUCUUCUGUGAACCUGAUCUACUAUUGCUCGACGAACCGUCGAACAUGUUGGACGUCCCCUCUAUCACCUUCUUAGCGAACUACCUUCAGGGUUACCCAAGCACCGUACUUGUCGUAUCCCACGACCGAGCCUUCUUGAACGAAGUAGCAACGGAUAUCAUUCAUCAACACUCUGAACGACUCGACUACUACAAGGGUGGUAACUUUGACUCGUUCUACGCGACCAAGGAAGAACGUCGCAAGACAGCGGUUCGCGAGUAUGAAAAACAGAUGGCCGAGCGUGCGCAUUUGCAGGCUUUCAUCGACAAGUUCCGAUAUAACGCCGCCAAGUCUUCUGAGGCCCAAUCUAGGAUCAAAAAGCUGGAGAAGAUGCCUGUUCUUACUCCCCCAGAGGCAGCAUACUCAGUGCACUUUAAGUUCCCAGAAGUGGAGAAGAUGUCGCCUCCUAUCAUUCAGAUGAGCGGCGUCACCUUUGGAUACAGCCCUGACAAGAUUCUGCUGAAAAAUGUGGACCUUGAUGUGCAACUCGACUCCCGUAUUGGUAUUGUGGGACCCAACGGUGCCGGAAAGACAACCGCAUUGAAGCUUCUUAUAGGAGCUCUUCAACCCACCACUGGUAUCAUCUCGCAAAACCCACGAUUGCGCGUAGGAUUCUUCGCGCAACAUCACGUUGACGCACUGGAUCUGAAUGACAGUGCCGUUGGCUUCAUGUCAAAGACGUACCACGGACGAGCAGAUGAAGAGUAUCGUCGUCACCUCGGUGCCUUUGGUAUUACGGGUAUGACAGGUCUGCAGAAGAUGGAGUUACUGUCAGGAGGUCAGAAAUCGCGCGUUGCCUUUGCGUGCCUCGCGUUACAAAACCCGCACAUUCUUGUGCUUGACGAGCCGUCUAACCACUUGGAUAUUGAAGCUAUGGACGCGCUUUCGGAUGCUCUGAACAAGUUCCAGGGUGGUGUACUGAUGGUCAGUCACGACGUUACCAUGUUGCAGAAUCGCGCUUGCCCCUUCGAGCUCAUCAUCCGUCUUGUCCAAUACACAACCACCGGCACCUUGUCGCGCACGCAGAACUCCAGUACAGACGGCUUGUCCGUAGUCACUCAUUUGCAUCCGAAUCCCACCGAUCGCGACUCCUCUCGUCCGCCCUACGCCGUCACCGCGCCCGCCAGCAGCACCGCAGCAUUGACGACAGCCGGCGAAUCACCCUACCCACCUCCCUUCUCCUCCCUCUUCUUCCCGUCCGAGGACGCUGAGGAACGCAGCAAGCCCGGUGAAACCACAGAAGACGAAUCGCCUCCCGCAUUCACAUCUGCGCCUGCCUUUACCGAGUCAUCCUCGUCUGCUGCCACUAAAGCCGCCCUCCCAUCCGACUCCAAAGACGGCUCUAGUAGCAAAGACGUCGACGACGGAGAACCACCGCCGCCCUACAGCGAAGGAUCAAGCCCGCUCGAGUCUUUCACAUACGUAAUGGCAUCCGCAGGAGGUCCCGCGAGUAUCAUUACUCAGGUGUCGCAAACAACAAACGCAGGACCGCCAAUCAACACACUAGGUGGAUCAGAUGAAAACAUUACUUUGGAAUUGAGGGGCACGCGGUUCACUCUGUCGCGAGACGAGCUUUUGACUCUCCCUGAGUUCGUCCUCCUCUCCCUCUUUCCCAAUGGCCUGCUCCCAGAUGGGCACAUGAACUCCUACCACGAUGGAGAUGUAUACCCAGUCGACGUUGGUAACCCCACUUCUUCUUCUUCCCCUUCCAUUCCCUUGGCUCCAGCAGCUAAGAUCCUGUACCACCUUUCCAACCCCGCAUUAUAUUUAUCUGACAAUAUCUAUCCUUCACAGUAUGAUCCAAACUCUUUACAGUACAUGUUGGAGUUCUUCCGCACUGUAGCCCAGACCAUUCCCGCGUCUCCUCCUUCGCCGACCGCUGCCCCCGACCAUGCUGCCGAAGCUGUACCUAUCGAGCCUAUGCAUGGCUCCGCUAGGGACAUGCUACAGGAUCGCGCUGGUAUAAUUGUCCUUCGCGAGGACCUCGACUUCUACGCUAUCCCGCCGCACCGCGAUAUAACUCAGCCUGAGAUGAUUGAAGUUAAGCGAGCUGCAGGUGAGGCACUGCUAAGACAGGAUGGUAUCUUCUCCGGCCUCAGGAAGAGCGAAGAACCAGGAACGACCGAGCAGCACCUCAUCGAGAUGUUGACCGCAGGCGGCUUCAACCACGACGACCGAUGGGGCCAUCGUGCCGGCGAGCCUAACAAAGCCGUCAUUUGCAGCAUCGCCCUUGCACGCCUGAGAACGGACAUUAAGGGUAAUGAUCUUGCUAAUAGCAACGCUGUUGGUAUGGCGCAGAAGCUGCUCCUCUUCUGGAGGAAACCCGCUCGCCGCUGCUGGUGGGAAGGUGUUGAGCUCGACAACGUUAGAGGUGUCGAAGGCAAGCUCAAGGUGUGGAUAAGGAGAGUCUGGACGCUCGAAAUGAGCGUUAUCGGCCUUCGCUAG